CCGGCGCCAUGGCGGAGCCGGUGCUGCUGAGGGAGUACGUGUCGCACCUGGCGGCCCGUGCGGCGCAGGGACAGCUCGCGGCCUGCGCCGAUCCCGCGCUCAAGGCCCGGGCGCGGCGGCUGCUGGGCCCGGGGCGCCGCGGGGCUCUGGAUGUGCGCGGCGUGGCCGAGCGCUGCCGGCGGGCGCGGGGCGGCCGCGCCCUGCGUGACCUGCUCAAGGCGCUGGAGCUGCUGGAGCUGCUCUGUGUCAACCUCCUGCUGUGCCCGUGGCGCCGGGAGAUCCGCUCGCUCAAGACCUUCACCGGGAAUUUUGUCUACUACAUUCAGCCAGUGCUCCCAGAGGACAUUGUGAAAGCAGUCCUGGAGAAAAUAGGGUAUGUUGCAACUACAGCAACAGAGUUUUCACUUGUUAAAAAGAGAAACAAUGAGGAAACGAAGCAGACUGCAUUUGAGAUAUUCCUGGCAAGAAUCGAGUGUGAGGCCAUCCUGGAGAUGACAAAUGAAGAAGCACAUGGCAGUUUGGAGAAGAGCCUGCAGCAGGGAACACAAACACAUGGGCAUCGGGGAGAGGAGGAUGAGGAACAUCAGACAGCCCAGAGAGGAGACACUGAAAGUCUGGGAAAUGAAGGGAGCAGUGAGACACCUUUGUGCCUUGCCCCCCAGCAGAAGCGUUCAGCUCCCUGUGCUGCUGCAUCCUCUGAAGCUGCUGGGAGUGUGAGGAUCACAGGGGAUGGGGCUCAGUCAGCAGCUGCUGCACCCCCCAGCAGCCUCCAGCAGCACCAGAGGCAAAGCAUCGGCACCGCGCAUCUGCCAGGCAAGGGCUCAGACAGCGAGGAGUUCCUUAUCAAAUACAGUGACAUUGUCAUAGCACAAACACCCAUCUUCAGUGAGAGUCUCUCUCCAAAGGCUUUGGAAAAGGAGCCAAGAGCCAGGCUGAGUGAGGAGCGUGCCUUGGCAGGGGCUACAGAGCUGGCUGCACGAGCGCUGGGGCCUGCGCCUCUGUCCCCAGGAGCCAGCGGCCCCCCAGCCUUUGCCAUGUUUGCUGACAGCUCCUGUGACAGCAAAACCACCUUGGAGUUUGAAGCUCCAGGAGUCCCAGAAGGAUCAAUUGAAGCAGAAAUUAAUGAUGCCAUAAAUUGCAUAGACCCAGCCCCUGGUGAUGAGCCCACUGAGCUGAAGUCUCUGCCCUACAAGGACUUUACCCAAAACUGCAGCGUCCCCAGGGAUGAGGAUGUUUGUGAGCUGUCCUUAACCUUCACAGAACUACAAAUCAAGGAUGCUCAGGAAGAACUUAUGUAUCCAGUAGAGGAAAGUGGGCAGCCUGAGGCAGUGGCCUAUGCAGGAACAAGUGACAGGCACGUUAGAGAAUUCAGUCGCUCCCAAAUAAAACAUACGUACCUGACUGAUGCUGAGCUGCACAAGAGGGCAGCGUCACAUCCUGAGCCACCCUCAGGUCUGUGCUGUACUGCUGGGCACACAGAGGACUCCACUGCUGGUUCUGACAGCAAAAGACUGUUCAUGGAUCCUGCUAAGGGACACCCAACUUCUGAGUGCUUCAGGCAUGUCAGAGAGCCCCCCAACCUCACUUACAUCCCCCCCCAAAGCAUUGAUGUGCAGCCCUCACAUGGGGGCAGGAGGGGCCUGGGGCAGCCUGCAGGUGACUCUGCAGGAGGCAGGGAAGGGAAGCUGGAGCACUGUAAUUCCCAAGAGACUGACAGCCAGGAGCCUUAUGUCAUCAUUGACAGAAGUGAGCAGGCAGCACUGAGCCAUCACACCUGAGUCUGUAGUGCUUUAUCUGUCAUUACCUGGGGACACUGUCCUCUCACCUGUGGCCUUGAUCCUGUUGUCAGGGGAAUGAUUAGCUUUGUCACAACAGUUCUAAAAAACCCCAAACCACAUCACUGCCUUGGGACAGUAAAUAGCAGGAGUUACACAAAUUCCUAAUGGUUCCUUUCUCAAGGAAACCUGAAUGGUCACCUUUCAAAGGGUAGGCAAACUUCUGUAGAUUUAAAUCCAUUUAAUUCAUCAGUCAGAUUCCAUCUGGCUGUUCUUAAUGCCAGACUGGUUUCUUCAGCUGGGCAUCCUACUUCUCGUUUUUCCCUUCACAGACCUAUUCCUGGAAUACUCUUCCAGUACAAGGUAAAUUCUUCUAAACUGGAAGGAGUUUAGAAAUGCCAUACUGGACUGUGCUCCUUAACUCUCUGCAUUCCUUUGAAGCUGUGUCUGAGCUAAUCUUCCUCCUAACUUCAGUUGAAAAUAGGUUUAGAAAGUUUGAUAACAUUCCUUUAAAGAGAGAAACAGCUCUGUGAGCACUUGGUUUUGUAGAGGCAUUGGCCUGUGUUACAGGUUAAAUAUCUAACCAAUAUAUAACCAUUUGUUACCAGAGUAGUUUGUGGCCACCACCACAAUUUCCAAGAGAAGCCUUGGGCAUUGUAACUGUUCACUGAAAGCAGCAGAGAGAGAUCCAACUACAGCUGCCAUUUCCCUUGACCCUGCUCCUGACACUUAAUUCUGCACAGAAUUUUUCUGCAGGAAAAAAAUGGCAGGAAAAAAAUGGCUCAGAGCAGGAUUCCAGUGAGCAGCAGAGGCAGGAUCAGAAAUAUCCUGCAGGUGGGAGUGCUGUGUGGAAAGCUCAGGAGUGUUGGAUCAGCUGGAGGCUGGGAUCCCAGCACUGAGAGCCUGUGUCACACACAGCUCUGAAUUCAUUUGGGAAAGCACUGCUGCUGUGCUUAGGCACCAUCUCCAGUGCUGUUUAUACAAAUACUUCCAGAGGGUGAUGCCCAGCUGCAGGACAAGGAGCAAUGGCCAUAAAGUAAACCACAAAAAAAUUCAUCCCAACAUGAGGAAGAACUUGUUUUCCUAGAGGGGCAGAGCCCUGGAGCUGAUGCCCAGGGAGGCUGUGGAGUCUCCCUCUCUGGGACAUUCCAAACCUGCCUGGACACACUCCUGUGUCACCUGCUCCAGGUGACCCUGCCUGGGCAGGGCUUGGAUUGGGUGACCUCCAGAGGUCCCUUCCAACCCUAAAAAUUCUGGGAUUCUAUGAUACACUUGUUACCUAGAAAGACACUUUAAUACUGCUUCAAGUAGCUUUUUCAGUAGCACUGAAAUGUGUGCUGGUUUGGGCUGGGGUAGAGUUAAUUUUCUUCACAGUGGCUAAUACGGAGCUCAGUUCUAAAUGCUAGAAAAUGCCUUUCAUGUACAGGUAAAAUAUUAGCUGAAACUAAUUUUGUAUUAAUUGUUUAUGAUUGACUUUCAUCCCAGAAAAAAAUCAGAUGAGCAUACAUGGAUUGGAUUAGAAAAACCUCAGGAACUAAAAUAUAAAUAUUUGCAUUUUGAAGAGCUAAUGGUUGAAAUUCUGUCAUCCCCCAAUUCCAGCAGUGUAGGAGAAAGAGAAAUUGCCCAAGGUAACACCAGGGGACGGGACUGCCUUCAGCUCUGGGUGGGCUUGUGAGAAAUGGGUGUUAGGAACAAAAAGCAUUGACAGGGCUGUGUCCUGACAAGUAACAGUGGCAUCCUUUGGGCUGUAAGAUUCUCUACUAAACCAUAAAGUGACAUUUUCUGUGCUGUGCAAAAUGUAUGUCCAUAGUGAAAUUAGAACUAAGAACAACCUGCAGAUGACUGAGCUUCAAACGUAUAGAACCAUUUCCAAAGAAAUCAUUCUUUUGGACCCUUAGAGAAGUAAAAGUUUUGAAAGUUUUACAGAAGGUAUCAAGAAUAGCUGGUAUCCCCCUACAAAAAGCUGCAAGAAGUAAGAUAAUUAUUUAGCAUACAAAAUCUUACUUUUAAGCUGGAAUUUUAAAGGUUUAAAAGGUUUUAAAAUGGCAUUCCUGGAAUCACAAGCUUUAGUACCAGCUUAGUACUUCACUAUGAAAUGCUUUCUUGUACACUUAUAGUAAUGAAGUUGCAGUGAUUUAGAAAAGAAACAGCUGAUCAGAUGGGAAUUACAGGACAGGAGCUGCAGUUCCUGACUGGGUGUGGUUCUUCCAGUGUGAUGGGUUUUAGGCAAACCACAACCCUACAAAAGCAGCACCAUCAGAUAUUGUUGAAAAGCCACAUAACUGAAUGUUUGUAUCCUGCACAAAGUGCCUGACAAAUCUCUGUACAAAGUGCUCAAAGUGCUGUUGAAGCCUUGCUUGUUCAGCUAAACCAACCAAAACCAGUAGGGGGAAAAAUACAUUCUGUACUUCUGGGAUCAUUCCCCUACAACUACCAGAGAUUCAGUGUGAGCAGUCUGAGUGCUGCAGUGAAAGGAUUCCCUUGAAGGCAGCACCCAGAGGUGACGCACAAGUGAAGGGCAGCUCAGCUCUUCAUUGACAGGUCCAAGAAUGAAACCCCCACUGGUUUUCUGCCCUCUUCAAGUACUUACAGAUCAUAAUAAACUGAUCAUGACAUAAAUCCAAAAAA